UCACGACACGGAGGCGUGUCCUCUGAUGAAAUCAGCUGGGGGGAAACAACAACACAAAAGGAGGUGGCUCAGACUGGAACCGAGUGUCUGGACCACUUAUGUGUACAUUUCACCACAAACAAAACCAAACAAAAAGAGUUAGUCUCGGCUCCGAAAGGCGUGUAUCACCUACAGUGGAGGGUUCAACUCGACGGGGGCGUGCGAAGCUCCAAGAAGGCGGCACGGGGAAGCAGGAAGAAGGGGAUGUGAAAGGUGCUUUCUUCUGUGGCGCCUUGCAAAUACACGAUCUUUGUGUUCGACUGGACCCCAGCAACACCAACGUUUGUUCCUUUGCCUGUUUUCUGACCCCGCAGCAGAGUGGCAUGUGGGUCAGUUCCGGAACCGUCGGAAGGGCUCUCUCCAUGGAUAUAGACACAGACUAUGAGCGGCCCAAUGUGGAAACCAUUAAAUGUGUUGUGGUAGGAGACAACGCAGUGGGCAAGACCAGGCUUAUAUGUGCCCGGGCUUGCAAUGCCACCCUCACACAGUAUCAGCUGCUCGCCACCCACGUGCCAACCGUUUGGGCCAUCGACCAGUAUCGUGUAUGCCAGGAGGUGUUAGAAAGAUCUCGUGAUGUUGUGGAUGAGGUCAGUGUGUCCCUCAGGCUCUGGGACACAUUCGGGGAUCAUCACAAGGACAGACGAUUUGCCUAUGGCAGGUCGGAUGUCGUGGUGCUUUGCUUCUCUCUGGCUAAUCCCAAUUCCCUGCGCCAUGUCCGCACCAUGUGGUUUCCGGAGAUCAAGCACUUCUGUCCACGGACGCCCAUCAUCCUUGUUGGCUGCCAGCUGGAUCUCCGCUACGCUGACCUGGAUGCGGUUAAUCGGGCACGCCGACCCCUUGCCAAACCCAUAAAACCAACAGAUAUCCUUCCGCCCGAGAGAGGCCACGAGGUGGCAAAGGAGCUCGGGAUACCCUACUAUGAGACCAGCAUAGUCGCCCAGUUUGGAGUUAAGGAUGUUUUUGACAACGCGAUACGUGCUGCCCUCAUCUCCCGUCGCCACUUACAGUUCUGGAAGUCACACUUGAAAAAAGUCCAGAGACCACUCCUCCAAGCACCUUUCCUGCCUCCUCGCCCACCACGCCCCAUUGUUGGAAUCCCAGACCCCCCUCCCAGUGACGGCGAGGGCCCCGAUUCUCUCUUCUGCCACCCGCUGUGCGCAGAUGUUGUUUUCAUGCUGCAGGGCGGCACCACUCGUGUUUAUGCCCACAAAGUGUACCUGGCCACUUCCUGUUCCAAGUUCUACGACCUCUUCACCCUCGAUUUAGGCGCAGCCUGCAUGGGGCCGGAAGCGGAGCAGGACAAAAGCAAGGAAAGCUCUGACAGCGGGGAGGAAGACGAGCUGAGCAGGAGAGGAGCCAAGGAGCAAGCUGGCCGCACCAAGAGUCUGGACAUUGACAAAGACGGGGUAGAUGGCUGCGCGAGGGGCCUGGAUUGCCCGCCGCUGCUCCAACACGGCUCAUUGCGGACUUCCCAGAGUGAUAAUGCACUCCCCUCGCGAGCCCAGUGCUCUCUUGGAGCUCCUGGGAGCGCCCGGGCACUUUCAGGAUGGGGAAGAGGGUUCUUGAGUGUUUGCCUGGAGCAUGUUGAUGACCCCAUGACUGGACGGCUACGACUAAUGACUGUGGUAGUAAUGGAUGAACUCAUACAGGAAGAGCCAUUUAAGGCGGUCCUUCAGUACCUGUACACUGGCAGCCUGAAUGAGAGUCGAGGAGAUCUGAUGCAGGUGGCCACCAUCGCAGAGCUCCUCGAGGUGUUCGACCUACGGAUGAUGGUGGCCAAUGUGCUCAACAGGGAGAGUUUCAUGAACCAGGAGAUAACCAAGGCAUUCCAUGUCCGCAGAGCCAACCGCAUCAAGGAGUGUCUCAACAAAGGCACCUUUGCUGAUGUGGUGUUCCGGCUAGACGAUGGCUACCUCCCCGGCCACAAACCCCUGCUCAUCUCCAGCUGUGACUGGAUGGCUGCAAUGUUCCGGGGAUCUUUCAUGGAAAGCUACAUUGAAGAGGUGCCCAUUCCCAGCACGAGUACAGCAUGUAUGCGAGGUGUUUUGGAGUUCCUGUACUGCGGCAUGCUGACACCUUGUCCUCAUCUGGAGUCCAUAGAGCUGAUCGUGGUGGCCAACCGUCUUUGUUUACCACGCCUGGUUGCCCUCACUGAGCAGCAAGCCGUUGAUGAGCUCCUGCAGUUGACAGGGAAAGGAGUCGACAUUGAUGGGCAGGUGUUGGCAUAUUUGGAGCUAGCGCAGUUCCACAAUGCCAAGCAGCUAUCAACCUGGUGUCUCCAUCACAUCUGCACUAAUUAUAACAGUAUCUGCCGCAAGUUUCCCAAAGACAUGAAGGCCAUGUCUCCAGACAACCAGAAGCACUUUGAAAAGCAGCGCUGGCCGCCUGUGUGGUUCCUGAAGGAGGAGGACCGCUACUUGCGUUCCCAGAAGGAGCGGGAGCACGAGGAGGAGAUCCUGCGCAAGCAGCACACCAAACGAGGCUGGUGUUUCUGGAGACACCCGUCCUCUUCGCCGCACGUCUCCUAGGCGCCCGUCGGCCUGGCCCUUCGUCGGCGCCUCUUGCGCCCAGGAGGUUUGAAGCCUUUUCUUUGUCUCUCAAUGCAAAUCGGACUCAGUGUUCCUCGGAUGCCAGCGCGUGGAGAGGGAAUGUACUUUUUGUGCCUCUUUACAUGCGCGAGAGUGCAGUUAUGGCGGACAACCUGACCAGCCUGCGGGGGACAGCAGCACACUCCCUUGGACGUCAUCCCGUCCGUAGAAUGACUGGACUGGGAUCAAGGGCUUUCUAUCUCUCCCAGACUCCACCUUCCAGCUCCAGAAUUUGUAUUUGUUUUUAUAACUUUGCCUUCACUGCAGACUGUUAGCUUGCACACACACAAACCCGAGCCCAGGAUCUGCCUGUCUACAACCAGCACUGGAUAUCCAGGAAAUCGACUCAACACAACUGUAAGUACUUUGAUACAAAUCGUCCAUUUUGUAAGCCCCCGGCACCUUUCUACAUGGCGACCAACCGCUAAGUUUGGACUGUUAACUCAGAGCACAUUUGUGGAUGCUGCAGUUUAAGAGGCUUAACCACACCCACUGACCUUUCUAGUUCGUCUCCGUCCUGCACCAUGGUCCAUUCCCUACACUCAAGCUUGCCAAACUGCACUUCAGAGACUUUCUCAAGUGACCACUCAAUAGCAAUGACGGAGCCUUACUUGACGCCUCUUCCUGGAGGCACGAUGCAUACAGUAUUAAAAAAAAAAACAACACAACGGUAACGUCCAUGACCACUAACUAGGCUGCAUGGAAGCUCCUCAGCAAGCCUGCCUUUAUACCUUUGUACCACUAGGGGGUAGCAGUGCUCAGGGCUCCUGCACUACACACUACCAGUUUUAUACCUGUGUUUUCUCUUCCUGUACGGAGUAUUAGGGCCACGCUAAAAACUCAGAAUUACGUCAGUGUUGUUAUGAUCCGAGCGAAAACGUACAGUCCCUUUCUCGUAGCACUUCAUCACACAAUGUUGUUCUCUUUUUUUAAAAUGCAUAUUCUGUGUAUUUAUGGAGUAGGUGAAGCAUUUUCAAACAUAAAAUGAUACAUUUUACUAAAAAUAUCAAUAUUUCAGUACUAUUGGCUACUAAAUGAGACCAAACCAAUCACAGCACGAUGUUCAUUAACAUGGCCACUGAAUGGCUCAGCCUCAUGCAAGACUACCAUACUGGAUUAAUAUUUGUAUUUAGGUAUUUAUUUGAUGUUGAACGCCAUAUUUGGAAGUUUAUAAACAGGUUUUUCAUGCUCCAGCUAUGAAAAUAUUCCAUUUAUAGUUAUUGAUUCCUGAUUUCCUGCUUUGUGGAAAUUAAUUUGAUAAGGUCCCGACCUAAUUAAGAUGAUAUGUUAGGUAUUACUGUACAACUUUAUAAUCGCAAAAAGGUUUUAUUCUUGCAGGAUUAUAAUUUUUUUUUUUUACAAGAGCAUUUUGAAAUUUAUUUUCCCUACAUUUUGAUUUACUCAUUGCAAGUUUUUCCUAGUAUUAUCAUGACUUUAUUUUGUAUUAGUUGUCAUCAAUUUCACAGCUUAAACUCACAAUAUUAUAACUUGAAUUUUAAUACGCAAUUUAUUAAGAAAGUUUUUGCACUUUUUUCCUCAUAUUUUUAGUGUUAUUAUAUUUUACAUUACAAUACACUUUCUUUGCAAUAUUACAACAUUAUUUUGGCACUUUUUUCUCUAAUAUUACAACAAAAUGUGACUAUUUGUAGUAUUAUGACGCUUCUUGCAACAACAUGUCUUUUUUGUCAAAAUAUAACUUUUGUCAUAUUAGAACUUUCCCUAGUGAUACAACUUUUUUUGCCCUCAUACUAAUGUUAACACUAAAACUUGUUUUUAUUCCUGCAGCAUUUAAAAUAUAUAUGUGUGUAUAUGUGUAUAUGUAUAUAUAUAUAUAUAUAUAUAUAUAUAUAUAUAUAUAUAUAUAUAUAUAUAUAUAUAUAUAUAUAUGCAUAUAUAUUUUUUACAAUAUGUAAAAAAUAUAUUACGACUUUUUUUUUUCAAUUAUCAUGACUUCAUUUUUGUAAUAUUCUUACUUUCCCCCCUGUAAUAACUGUAAUAACGCUGUAAAACUGUAUUAAGGCUUAUACUAUUCUUUUUUCUAAAGUUUUCCACUUUUUUGUCUUCUAUCAUUUACAUGUUAUACUACUACACAUUAAAAUGUAAUCCCUUACAUUCAAAAACAAUAUUUAGGCACCUUGUAUAACUUCAUUUGCAGUAUUAUGACACUUUUUCUUAUAAUACUGUAACUUUACUGUCAUAUUAUGAAUUAUUAACAUACUAUUACAACUUCUGGUUAUGUUACAACUUUUUCCUCAUACUAUUAAAAUGUAUUUGCAAUGAUAAACUACGACUUUAUUUGUAGUGUUAAUUUUUUUCCCAUAAUGUUACAAUCUUACUGUAAUAUUAUUGACAUAUUCCAACUUUUUUCCUUAUACUAUUAAUUUCAUAACAUUACAAAUUUUUUAUUGUUGCACCAUUCCAAAAAAUAUAUUUUUUAAUUCCAGAACAUUAUGACUUUAUUUGUUUUCCCCAUUACAACAUUUCUCAUCAUAUAUAUUUUUGUAAUAUUCCUAUUUUUCCACUGUAAUGUUGUGGCUUAAUCUUACAACAUUUUGGUUGAAGUAUUAACCAUUUUUUACUCAUCAUAUGACUUAUGCGUCAUAAAAUUAUACAUUAAAAUAUAUUCCCCCAGUUAAAUACAUAUUUAGGAACCUUUUAUGAAUUUGUCUAUAAUAUUACAACAAACUAUGACUUAAUUUGUAGUAUUAAAACAAAUUUUUUAACUUUACGUUUUUUGUCCUCAUAAUACUGCAACUUUACUGUCAUAAUAUUACGACUUUAUUGACAUAUUAUUACAACUUCUCCUAAUGUUACAACUUUUCCCCCCCUCAUAUUAUUAUUGAUUUCUUAACAUUCCAACCUUUUUAUUCAUGCAAACGGAUGGGAUGGAUUAUUUUUUUCUUCCCCAGAAUAUUAUGACUCUAUUUUCCCAACGUUGUUUACUUAAUUUUUAUAAUAAUUCUGUAGUAAUUCUACUUUUUUUGUCUUUUAUUACUAAAUCUCACAACAUUUUAGUUGUGGUAUUAAACUUGAUAAUAUUUAGCACGUUUCCCCCUCAUACUAUUAUUAAUUUCAUAACAUUGCAACAUUUUUAUUCUUGCAGCAUUAAAAGUAUCUUAAUUUUUUUCAGCAUAUCAUUGCUUAAUCUCAACAUUUUAGUUUUAGUAUUAAACGUAAUAUUAUUUUGCACUUUUUACUCAUAAUAUGAUUUAAGUCUCACAAUAUUAUACAUUAAAAUGUAAUCCUUUGCAAAAAAAAUUAUUUUGGCACCUUUUAUGACUUUUUGCAUAAUAUUAAAAUAAACCACGACUUCAUUUGUCCUAUUAAUUAUUUUUCUCAUAAUACUACAACUUUACUGUCAUACUAUUACAACUUUAUUGACAUAUUAUUACAACUUCUGCUAAUUUUACAACUCUUUUCCUAAUGCUGUUAUUAACGAUAUUUGGUCAAAAUGUUCCGACUCGUUUCUCAUAAAAUUAUACUUUUAUAAUGGCAUUUUUCCUGCAGUAUUAUCACUUUCUUGUCGCUAUGUUAUCCCUUUUUUCUCUCAAAAUAUUUCCAUGGCUUUAUGCAUCAUCACAAGUUUUCUUCUAAAAUGUCAACUUUGUUCUUGCAACAUCAUGACUCUUAAAAUUUGAACUUUUUUCUCCAAAAAAAGAGACUUUAUUCAUCGUUAAUGUAAUCCUUUUGCGUUGUUGGUUUAUUGUGGCCCUGAUACUCCUCAUAAGUAUUGGGACGUGCGUCAGAAGGAGAGCAAGACGUCCUACAACGCGUCAUUUCCAACUCUGUUCACCUCACUUUGAAUACCAAAGCUGUGAUACUCUUUCUUCCACACUUUGCUUCAUUUCUGCUUCCAUCCUCGCUGAACAUGUCGUUUUUAGGAAGAGACCCCUGACAUUGUUUUAAAAAAAAAAAACGCGUUCAGCCAGGACAAGAAAACCAACAAAAAGAGUCCCUUUGCCUUGCUGUAUUUUGUAGGACUGGACGACUGUGCUCAGUACACCACAGAGUCUGCGCAGAUGGUCUUUUGGCAACGUGUAGCGUCCUGAUAAUACACACAACCUCUCUGUUUUUGCUGCUUUGGCGUUAGAAAUCUUACAUGGAAGUGAGACGUUCUGUUUGCAGGUGUGCAAGUCGUAUGGCGUGUGUCGCCUUUUCUCCUCAAGAGCCGCGAUUAAGUCCCGAAAUAGAAGCGGGCUCGGCUCUCAUGAGAGUGGAGUGAGAAUCAAGACAGUGUUUUUAUUUUUUUUGGGAGGAAAACCGCAUGUAAAAAGUAUUACUCACACUCACCCUUCGGGGGAAAGUGAGUGGGAGAUUAUGAAACACUGAUUUGUCUUACCAAUUGUUGCUUUGGCCCAAACCGCCUCUUGUCUCAGUGCCUUAAACUUGGACAAACGUCGUCAGAAUCUGGUAGAGACGUCUUUGCGACCACAUGGCCUCAGUUUAUAUAUUUGACGUGGGUGAUUUGCUUUGGCCGUGGUUAGCGCACUAAUGGGGUUGAGGUGAAUUUGCAUGGUGGCCCGACUGGAUUGUCGUUAGAGCGAGGAAUGCACUUUUUUUUUAUUUUCAUUGUUGCUGUCUUAUAACAACCCUAAUAUGUCCUUGUUAGCAUGUUACAGAUGAUUGUAGCAAAUCUUUUUUGACCUUUUUGUUCACAGACCACAGCUUAAACUCAUAAUAUGCAGGGAAAUUAAAAAAAAAAAAAAAAUAUUAUCGGGAUUGUUUUAUAAAAUAUUUGUGGAAAUUCGACAUGAUUAAUACAGGGUGUCAAGCUAAUUUCUGAUAUUGAAAUGCAUACAAUUCUAUGAAUGUUGGCGUUGGCACGCAUGCAAUCUAGACUGGGCUCGUUAGUAUGAGCAUUGUUACAAAAAAGUGAUCAUCCUGAAUUGUAAGUUAAAAAACUAAAGAAUGUCAGUCAGACAAAUCCCACUGGCCAAAGUUCCCGCACCGAUAUCAUGUGUACACUGUAAAAAUAAGUCGACAGAUUUUAUGGUCAAAAUGCUGUUUGCAAAGAUUUUACUAUAAAAAAAAUAAUAAUAAUAAUAAAAAAUAUAUGUGUAUAUAUAUAUAUAUAUAUAUAUAUAUAUAUACACUGUGUUUUACCGUACAAAUAACAUUGAUACAGCUUUUUUCCUUUUACAACAAUACGCUGUAAAAGCGACUUUCAAAUUAUUUGACCGUAAAAAUAACAGUAGUUGCUGUGUUUCCAUUUACAGUAAUGCACUGUUAAUUUUACCGCGAGAAAUAACAUUGUUUUCGGUUUUCAUUUACAGUAAUGCGCUGUAGAAAAAUAUGUAUAUUUGCAACCCAGUCUUCAGAAUUCAAAUAGAAUUAACAGUGUUUUUACAUUUACAGUAUUACAGCAUAGUGUAUGUUACCAUAAAAAUAUCAUUGAUUUUUGAACUGGCAGCCCAGUCGCCAGAAAUUUACCGUAAAAAUAACAGUAGUUGCUGUGUUCUCAUUUACAGCAAUACACUGUUAAUUUUACCGAGAGAAAUAACAUUGUUACCGUGUUUUCCAUUUACAGUAAUGCGCUGUAAAAACAAUUAUUUUAUGGUUAAAAUAUUAAAAAAAAUACAACCCAGUCUUUAGAAUUUUACUGUAGAAUUAAAAGUAGAUUUGUUUUCCCAUUCAUAGUAAUGCACUGUAAUUCAACCAUCAAAAAAUACAGUGAUGUACUGUAAUUUUACUGUGAACAUUUCAGUGGUGCCGUUUUUAAUUUCAUGCACUCUAAUUUCAUCGUGAAAAAAUUAUAGUGGUACUGUUUUUAAUUUACAGUAAUGCACUGUAAUUUUACCAUAAAAAUUAAAGGGUUAUUGAUUCCUCAUUUACAAUAAAGCACUAUAAUUUUACUUAAUUAAAAUGGUAUUAAUUUAAUUCACAGUACUGCACUGUAACUUGACUUUAAAAAUUAGUGGCAUCAUUUUUAAUUUACAGUUAUGCAUUGUAAUUUCACUGUAAAAAUUAGUGGCAUAAUUUUUAAUUUACACUUAUGCACUGUAAUUUCACAGUAAACAUUACAGUUAUACCAUUUUUAAUUUACAGUAAUGCACUGUAUAUUUACCGUACAAAUUACAGUGGUUCUGUUUUCUCAUUUACGGUCAGGAACUGUAAUUUUCCUGCAAAGAAAAAAAACAUUGCUGCAGUUUUUCCAUUUACGGUUAUGCGCCAUAUUUUUUACCGUGAAAAUAACAAUGUUUUUUUAGUUUACAGUAUUGCACUGUAAUUAGACCUUUUGCACAAAUGCACUGUAAAAACAACAAUCGUAGAUUUGAAGGUGGAAAACUGUUAGCUCAGUCGCCAAUAUUUUACUGUAAAAAAAAUUUUUUUAAUUUUUAUUUACAGUGGUGCACUGUAACUUUACUAUAAAACAUAUAAUUAGUACCGCGUUUCCAUUUACAGUCAUGCACUGUCAAAACUGUUUAAUUCAAAAUUUAAAAAACACUGGUAUUUUACCAAACUUUUGUAUCGUUUUUAAAUUUACAGUAAAAUUGCAAUCCUUUUUACAGUAAAAUCUACAGAUUAGUUUUACAGUGUGGAUUUUCUUGUACUUCAUCUCUGCCUGCGAGUUUCAACCUGUGUGGCGGGCCUCCAAUGGUGUGUGCAGCACCUUGAUAAAAAUAAAGAAAAUUAUUGAUUUCAACCCUACUUAAGUAAAUGAUAGGAAAUAAAUAAUUUGUAAAUCCUUAUGGUGAAUCUGGGCUGAAAAAAGUUCCAUAAAAUGUUUUCUGGGGAGUAGCCACGCCCUCAACCUUGCUAUAUACUGUAAUCUGAGCGGAGGCUCGCCAAGUCACACCUUAAAAAAAUAUAUAUUUGUGCGUUUUCGCGCAUCUUUCACGGUGACAUUUGGAGCAGUGUGUGGAGUCUGACUGUUCUGCUCCCUUCCACGUGCCUUCAGUGAACUCUUCACGCUUGCAGGCUCCCUGCACCUGCAGCCCGACGAUAUUCCUCAUAAAGAAAUGUGUAUUACUUCUAAUCACCACGCAGUCAGGCAGCUUUGGAAUAUGUUCUUGCCGUGAUGAUAACACGUGACCAAGUUUUGCUACGGUGUGGUGUCACGUGUGAACCCUGCACACCAGCAGUUCCAAAAUUAUUAUUAGGUGCCUGGACUUUCUCUUGUGUAGCCUAUAAACACACACACACACACACACACACGUCAGAACUCCACUCAUCACUGUCACCAAAUACAGUAUUAUAUAUUGAUACAGUAUUAUUCCGCUUUCACUUUUUAGAUGCAACGUGUUGCGUUGAUGCGUACUAAAAUCUAACUAUGCUUUAAUUGAGAUGGUUCUUAUCCAAAAGUUGAGUUCAGCGUUUUGGACGAUGAGUUGUGUGAGGAGACGUGCGCGAUGUGAAUACCGCUGUUGUGCACUUUUGUUCCCAUGUGACUUUUGUGUAUUUGGUGACCAUGAAAACAAAUGGCACACCCUCGCCGACUAUUAAGGGCUUUCGUCACAACGAAUAAGAGAAGACAAGUCAACAAUCAGAAUGUUUGUAAAAGUGUUCGGAAACAGUUUGUACUUCUUUUUUUUUUAAUUAUGAUUUGUAAAAAAAAAAAAAAAACACAAAAAAACAACAACAAAAAAAGACACACAAAUCCCCCCAAAAUAUGAAAACCUUUUUUUUUUCUUUCUUUUUGCCAUUUCAGUAUUUUGAUGUUUGAUAUGGAUUUUAAUAAAACAAAUAAUCUUUUGAA